GCUCUCUACGUAUGUUGGAGGAGUGUUUCCCGUGUUGGCAAGAAAACCCAGACAGUUUCGAUCUUUUUCUGCGUGUUGUUUCUCGCUUUUGUGUGCUCAAGUCUUACGAAAGUCGUCACUGACUGUCGUCGUCAGUGUUUUUAAAUCGAAAGUCGGACACUUUUUUUUUUUACGGAGAAACUUUACAAAGGAGUAACAACGAGCUAAGUUUUUGGAGGCGUGUGUCAGGAUGGCCCAGUGGAACCAGUUGCAGCAGCUGGAUCCCAGGUAUCUGGAGCAGCUCUACCACCUGUACAGCGACAGCUUCCCCAUGGAGCUGCGGCAGUUCCUCGCCCCCUGGAUCGAGAGUCAGGACUGGGCCUACGCUGCCAAUAAGGAGUCACAUGCCACACUGGUGUUCCACAACCUCCUGGGAGAAAUCGACCAGCAGUAUAGCCGUUUCCUGCAGGAGAACAAUGUACUCUACCAGCACAACCUGCGCAGGAUCAAGCAGUAUCUGCAGAGCAAGUACUUGGAGAAGCCCAUGGACAUCGCUCGCAUUGUGGCCCGCUGUCUGUGGGAGGAGCAGAGGCUGUUGCAGACCGCCACCAGUGCCGUGCAGGACGGCCAGGCAGCGCAUCCCACGGGGACGGUCGUCACGGAGAAGCAGCAGAUUCUGGAGCACAACCUCCAAGACAUCAGGAAGCGAGUGCAGGAUAUGGAACAGAAGAUGAAAAUGCUCGAGAACUUGCAGGAUGACUUUGACUUCAAUUACAAGACAUUGAAAAGCCAAGGAGAGUUGUCCCAGGACCUAAAUGGGAAUAGCCAAGCAGCUGCUACCAGACAGAAGAUGGCUCAGCUCGAGCAGAUGCUGAGCGCCCUGGACCAGCUGAGGCGGCAAAUUGUGACAGAGAUGGGAGGCUUGUUGACCGCCAUGGAUUAUGUACAGAAGAACCUGACUGACGAGGAACUCGCCGACUGGAAGAGAAGGCAACAAAUUGCGUGUAUCGGAGGUCCACCGAACAUCUGCCUGGACCGCCUCGAGACCUGGAUCACAUCCCUGGCGGAGUCCCAGCUCCAGAUCCGCCAGCAGAUCAAGAAGCUGGAGGAGCUUCAGCAGAAGGUGUCCUACAAAGGAGACCCCAUCAUCCAGCACCGGCCCGCCCUGGAGGAGAAGAUCGUGGACUUGUUCAGAAACCUGAUGAAGAGUUCCUUUGUGGUUGAAAGACAGCCCUGUAUGCCCAUGCAUCCAGACAGACCUCUGGUCAUAAAAACAGGAGUGCAGUUCACGAAUAAAGUGAGGUUACUUGUAAAGUUUCCUGAACUCAAUUACCAGCUGAAAAUUAAAGUUUGCAUUGACAAGGAAUCUGGGGAUGUGGCUGCGAUUCGCGGGUCGCGGAAGUUCAACAUCCUUGGCACCAACACAAAAGUUAUGAACAUGGAAGAAUCCAACAACGGCAGUCUGUCAGCAGAGUUUAAACACUUGACCCUGAGAGAACAGAGGUGUGGUAACGGCGGCCGGACCAACAGCGACGCCUCUCUGAUUGUCACAGAGGAGCUCCAUCUCAUCACAUUUGAGACUGAAGUCUAUCAUCAAGGCCUGAAGAUCGAUCUGGAGACUCAUUCCCUGCCUGUGGUCGUCAUUUCCAACAUCUGCCAGAUGCCGAACGCCUGGGCCUCCAUCCUGUGGUACAACAUGCUCACUAACCACCAAAAGAAUGUGAACUUCUUCACCAAGCCUCCAGUGGGGACGUGGGACCAGGUGGCCGAGGUGCUAAGCUGGCAGUUCUCCUCCACCACCAAGCGAGGCCUGACCAUUGAGCAGCUCACCACACUGGCUGAGAAAUUACUAGGGCCGUGUGUCAACUACUCCGGCUGUCAGAUCACCUGGGCCAAGUUCUGUAAGGAAAACAUGGCUGGCAAAGGCUUCUCCUUUUGGGUGUGGCUGGACAACAUCAUUGACCUGGUGAAGAAGUACAUCCUGGCCCUGUGGAAUGAAGGGUACAUCACGGGCUUCAUCAGUAAAGAGAGGGAGAGGGCCAUUCUCAGUCCAAAACCCCCCGGAACCUUUCUGCUGCGCUUCAGUGAGAGCAGCAAGGAGGGCGGCAUCACAUUCACAUGGGUCGAGAAAGACAUCAGCGGAAAGACCCAGAUGCAGUCAGUGGAGCCCUACACCAAGCAGCAGCUCAACAGCAUGUCUUUCGCCGACAUCAUCAUGGGCUACAAGAUCAUGGACGCCACCAACAUCCUGGUUUCACCUCUCGUGUACCUCUACCCCGAUAUCCCCAAAGACGAAGCUUUUGGGAAAUACUGCAGGCCGGAAGCAGCCCCUGAGCCGGAGACGGGAGGAGACCCUUCGAAUACUACUCAGCCGUACUUGAAGACAAAGUUCAUCUGCGUUACGCCGUGUCCCUCCGUGUUCAUGGACUUGAUGGACAGUGAGCUGCUUGGGAACGGAUUCCCAGGCACAAACUCUGGAAACACCAGCGACUUGUUCCCCAUGUCGCCGCGCACCCUCGACUCGCUGAUGCACAACGAAGUGGAGGCUAACUCAGCACAUUUGGAGUCCCUGGUCACGUUGGACAUGGACGUAGCAUCACCGAACUGAAGAGAUCUGUCCAGUUUCUUUAUUUUCUUUGAUUCGAUAUCGUGAUCGGUGAUGGAGGACGUUAUGAUGAUUCUAUUUCUCACCCUCUGUUCACAUAAUCUGCCUGUACAGUUCCUGUGUAAAAAAAAAAAAAAAGACUCCCUUUGUCGCUGAAUGAUUGGACGUCCUUUAAGAAGAGCGCUCGUCCCGGUUCGGGGUCCCGCGGUCCUCUCGCCGUGGGGCGGUUGAGUGAUGAUUACCUCGUGUAUUUUAAGGCAGCAUCCUGCUCCAAUUCAGCACUUCCGCGUCUGCAUAUAUGUCUCGAGUACCUUUUUAAUUAUCUGGAAUUAUAUUUUUGAGAACAUUGUAUUGACUUUUUAAAAAAUGUUUAUGACUUCACGUGUUUUUUCUUUGAAUAAGAAAUGUAACAAGAAUAAUUGUUGUAUAAGCUAUGGCGCUUGGUAAUUGUACUAUUUUCAUAAUUUCUAGCCCCCCCCCCCUCACCCCGCCAAAAUGUUUUUCCUCUGUGUCCCACAAUACCUCUGUGUCAUUUUAAAUGGUUUCUGUUUCAUAAUAGCGGUCAGAAGGGAUUGUUUCUUAUAUAUUUCUUAGAGCUAUUUGGGGUGUUAAACAAACUAGAGAGCGGAAAAGACAAGGAAUUUAUGACACAUUAUUUUCCCCGUAUGAUUUCUUUAUUCCCCUUUUUAUAGUGAGGUAAAAAACCUUUUAAAGUGACUUCAUCACUUAUCAAUACUGUCAUUCAUUAUGUCAUAUGCACUCGUCUUUUGAAAUGAGCAGUUUUUAAUACUUUUUUUGUUGUGCAUGAAUUCGCCUGACACGACAAAGAGAUGUAACGUUUUCCUUUUCAGAGAAGACAUAAGCGCCGAUGCUUCAGAGAGGUCAGGAAGUGUUUCACCAUCAGGCCACAUGAGAGGGUUUCUGUAAAAUAUGCUGUAACUAUUCUUUAUUUGGCAAUAAAAACAAGCAGUCAAGUAAUCUGUUUGGUGCUAUUAUU